UCACUAAGUUCUUCAUUUGUAUUACCGUAUUUUUUACGAGUCUUUGAAGGCACCAUAUGGGUGACGUCAUUAGCUCCAACACCAACACUGCUCGCACUUCCUGGAUCUCGGCCCACACGUUAAAGAUGCACCUGCGCUCCGGGCUGCUGCUUCUCCUCGUCUCUGCGGGCGUGUGGUCGGUGCCCAUCGACCGCAAUGAGGUGCACCAGGACACCAAAGACGACGGUCAAGAGGAGAGCAUGGACACGGGUCUGUACUACGACCGGUACCUCCGAGAAGUCAUCGAGGUUUUGGAGACGGACCCUCACUUUAGAGAGAAGCUGCAGACGGCCAACACGGAGGACAUUAAGAACGGUCGGCUGAGUAAAGAACUGGAUCUGGUCAGUCACAACGUCAGGACUCGUCUGGAUGAGCUGAAGCGGCAGGAAGUGUCUCGUCUGAGAAUGCUGCUCAAAGCCAAACUGGACAGCACCAACACACAAAGCGUGCAGAUGGACCACGCCUCCUUGCUCAAACAGUUCGAACAUCUGGACCCACACAAUCAGAACACGUUCGAGGCCAAAGACCUGGAGCUGCUCAUCUCCACGGCCACCAAAGACCUGGAGAACUACGACGCCGAGAGACACGAAGAAUUCAAGCGUUACGAGAUGCUGAAGGAGCACGAGAGGCGCGAGUACCUCAAGAGUCUGGACCAGGAGAAGAGGGAGACGGAGGAGAAGCGAAUGCAGGAGCUAAAGGAGAAACACCGCCAGCACCCCAAAGUCAACGCUCCCGGCAGCGUCGCUCAGCUGAGAGAAGUCUGGGAGGAGACGGACGGACUGGACCCCAAAGAGUUCAACCCAAAGACGUUCUUCAAGCUUCACGACACCAACGAAGACGGCGUUUUGGACGAGCAGGAGCUGGAGGCUCUUUUCACCAAAGAGCUGGAGAAGGUCUACGACCCCAAGAACGAGGAAGACGACAUGAUGGAGAUGGAGGAGGAGAGGCUGAGGAUGAGGGAAGACGUCAUGAAGACGUGGGACACCAACAAAGACCGACUGGUCAGCCUGGAGGAGUUCCAGUCCACAGAGAAGAAGGAGUUCAACAACCCUAAAGAAUGGGAGACGCUGGACGCCAAGCCCUUGUACACGGAGGAGGAGCUCCAGCGCUUUGAGGCCGAGCUCCGAGACAAAGAGGAGGAGCUAAAGAAGAGGGCGGAGACUCUGCGUCAGGAGCAGGAGCUGCUGAAGGAGCGAGGCAAAGCCCUGGAGGCCCAGAGGAGAGAGUACCAGCAGGCCGUCUUGGAGAUGUCCCAGCGGCAGAAAGAGCGGCUGGCGGCUGAUGGACAGCCGCCAGCCGGGCCUCGUGGAGAACUACAGUUCCAGCCCCCGAAAGCGGAAGAUAAAGCAGGGAAGGUUGCAGUUGAGGCCGAAGUACAGAAUCAUCUACCUGCUGAACCACCCCAGAAUCUGCCAACACACACUUGAACAGUCACACACACACAGACACACACACACACACACACACACACACACACACACACACACACACAGACACACACACACACUCCAAUGACGUGCAGCGCUACAGAAAAGUUUCCAUAUACAAAGUGUUCUUUGCCGUGGUCCUCAUGAGAUUAAAGAUGUCAAUGAAGUUUUAUUGCUGCUGUAAGUUUAAAUAAAUUCUUAAUUUAA